AUGUCUGAAGCAAACGAGAGAACUAGAUAAAUGAGUAGAAGUAUGUUCCCAAGAGAUCUGCUUCAGAGAUUUCCCCCUAUCUCAGCUAAAGUUGUAGAUGGUGAAGAAGAAGAAGAUGAGGAGAUUGAGUUGGAUCUUAGUUUAUCUCUUGGCGGGAGGUUCGGAGUUGACAAAAGCAAGCUCGCGAGAUCUUCCUCUGUCGUGGGCCCCACGAUGCCUUUUUUCCGGGAGAAUCAUCAGCCAGAGACAGAGAUGAGGCCUGUCGAGACAUCCGUGGCGGGACAUAUGGCUUUGACGAGAGCGACGUCGUUGCCGGUGGAGACGGAGGAAGAGUGGCGGAGGAGGAAGGAGAUGGAGAGUUUAAGGAGAAUGGAGGCCAAGAGAAGGAGAAGCGAGAAGCUUCGUGCCAGAGGCAGCGGCGGAGGGAACAUCAUCAAACCACCCGAAGCUAAUAAUGAUAGUGUUCUGGGAGAAGGUUCCACCCCUACGAGGCGGCGAGGUAGGCCGCGGUUGGUACUGCCACGGUGGUCAGGGACGGCUAACGAUGGUGGACUUUUACGACAACACAGUGCUGCUCAUGAUUCGCUGCAAGUCUCUCGUGGAAGUUCUUCAAGUGUUUCCGAGAUGGAAACCAAAUCUCGUCAAGCAUCUAGCGAAGAAACAAGAAGCUUACCGUUGCCACAGCAACAACAUCAACAGGAAGCAAUGGCAAUGCCAGAUAAUGGGCUAAGAAGAUUGAGUUCAGUGGACAUGAGGAUAGAGCCACCACCACUAGGGAACGGGAAAAAUGAGAUGCCAUGUGUGUUCACCAGGGGAGAUGGACCUAACGGGAAGAGAGUUGAUGGGAUUCUUUAUCGAUACGGUAAUGGAGAAGAAGUGAAGAUCAUGUGUGCCUGCCAUUGUGAUAUCUUGUCUCCUGCUGACUUCGUUAAACAUGCUGGUGGUCCUCAUGUUGAUCAUCCUCUUAGGCAUAUUAUUGUCGACACUUCUUCUCUUUCUAAUCUCUUUUAGAAACCCCCUCUCUUCAUUUGAUCCCCUUUAUUUUUAAGGCCAGAUUUUAGAGAAGAAGAUGCUCAAGAGUUUUAGUUCAGACAACAUAUAUAUGCUGUCUGAUUCUGGUAUUUUUUUCAAUUUUAUAUUUGUAUUUUUACUUUAUACAGAGAAGCAGAAACAAAACAUUGUUAUCAGUUUUAACUUUUAAGAGAGUAACAUUAAUGAUGCAUAUGGUGUUGAGUACACAAAUAAAAACCCUACUACUCUCAAAAUAGGAAACAGAUUUGAAAAAUAAAAACAAAAAGCUAAAAAAGCUUCGAAUGGCUACGCACUUGUUUGCUUGCUGCUGUACAAAUCCUCUAAUAACAAAUCUCCUUGAUCACAAUCUAGAAGGCUGGAUUCGUUUCAGUUGUUUUACACCUUGUUUCAUCGUUGGCCUUAUCGAGAGGCUAUCGACCGUGCAUUUGGGUGCUAAAUGCAGAACCUCGACCAGAUCAUCCAGGGGAUCAGUCUCCCAUAGUCCCUUUGUGAAAACAUCCUUAGCUUUGACUUGACGAGACAAUGUUGAAUCCAUUGUCGUGAGAUGAGAAAGAAGGAUUAAGAGUUCGCUUAUCCGAUAUCAACUCCAAGAUGACAAUACCAUAACUGUAAACAUCUGCUUUCUCCGAGACACGGCAAGUCAUUGCGUAUUACGGAGCAACAUAGCCGAAUGUUACAGCCACCCCUGUUGUGACAUGAGACCGUGAAGUCCUCAAGAGCUUUGAGAGGCCAAAGUCAGAUAGAUAGGCGUUGUAGUUAUUGUCCAAGAGUAUGUUGCUCGGUUUGAUGUCUCUGUGCAAGACUUUGGGUGAACACUGCUCGUGAAGAUAGGCGAGAGCAUCCGCUACAUCGAGAGCAAUCUUGUGAAGGAUCUUCCACUCAAGAGCAGGCUUCGAUCUUUCUUUGAUGAAGUCUUCAAGGUUCCCUCCGGAUAAGUAGUUGUAGAUAAGGAACAUCUCUUUCUCGCUAGCGUGGUAACCGAUUAACAUGAUGAGAUUCGGAUGCCUAACCGUUUCAAGAGACGAGAUCUCAGCGUGAAAAUGUUGGUCCCCUUGAAACCUCCCGACAAAAGAAGAAGCGCAGGCUCCACUGAUUCAUCAUGAGUCGCACCAGAGACUUGUGACCCUAGCUAGUGUGUCUGAUGAACUUUGUAACUCGGAUAGUUUCCUUUCUUUUGCAUUGUUAUUCCCUGAGGAUGAUGGAGAUAACGACGGAGAUGCAGGUCUGCUGUUUGUGAUCUCGGAUCGUCCUUGAGACUUUAGAAACAACACACAUAACAACACACUUAUUUUAUUUAUAUUACAGAAACAAACAACAGACACAUAUAUCUCUUAUUUUAUUUUUGUACAAUAGAAAUAAAGAAACAACACACAUAACACAUUUCUUAUUUAUCGAAACAGCACACAUAACAUAAUAAUCAUUAUCAAGGAUCAUGGAAGGGUGGCGUAGACUUACGGGAGACCAAAUUACACAAUCCAAAACAUCUUACACGACGACGGCCUUGAAAGACUUGAGUUCAUUCCAAGCCGUAAAUUUUGAAUACCUCAUCACGAUGGCCUCAUAAGUUUUACUCAUACCAUCGACUUCAUCCUUGGCAGAUAUGAUCAGAUUGUACUUUAUGCCGCUAUGCCGAAGCGACGUCCAAUCCCAGGUUCCUCUGACGACCUUCUCGUACAAGAUUCGCCUUCGACUCCUUGUUAUGCUCCGAGACCGCAAACUUGGCGAUCUCAACGAUCUUGGGGUCCAAUGCAUUGACCGGAAACUUAAUUGGCAGGAGGGUUGAGAAUAGAAGACCAGCCACCGUCCACGACGGUGAUCAAUGGGAGUAGGACGAGAGAGAGACAAAUCAUCGACUUCAUCAUAUUUCUCUUUAUUUAUUUAAUUGAGCUCUUUUUCUUAGGGUCCGAAGUAUCGUUGGUUUCUGGGAGUUUUUAUAGCCAAAAGCUUGUACGUGCAUGCUUUGUUAUCGAACGUGGGCAGAUAAUGAACUAGUUGUCUCGAUGAUGAGAGUUCUUUGUAAAAUAAUAUUUAAAAAAAAAAGAAUAUUUCGUGAAUAUUUUAUAAAUAAUCUUCAAUGUUUUUUGUGAUAAUAAUAUUUUAAUUCUUGAAUUAUUUUAUUUUAUCAUCAAUUUGUCGACUAUAAACACACAAACUUUUUGUUUAAAUGCACCAUUUACAUGUAUUUGGUAGACUAUAUAUAUCUAUAUAUAUUAUUAGUCAUUAUUUUGUGGUGAUUACAAUAUACUAUAAUAUAAAAUACAAAAUAAUAUCUCGUGCAUGGAUAUUUGAUAAACAAUUCUCAACGUUUUUCGGUGAUAAUAAUAAUAUAAUUCCUGAAUUAUUUUAUCACUAGUUUGUUGACUAAAUAUUUAUUUAAAAAAUAAAUAAUUGAUAAGUUUGUUAUGGUCUAUAUAAUAACUUUAGAUUUAUUUAUACCAUGCAGAAAAUUCUAAAAAUGGCUAAGGUCUUUCAAAUCAUUAUGCAUCCGUAAAAUACUUGAAUUAGAUAUGCAGUCUCCUUGAACAUGACUAAUUCCAAUUCAUCCAAAUCGUUUAGUAAGAUAUAUAUCAUACAUACCUAAUUUAUUAUGUUGUUCUAGCGGUAGCAUGAUACGUAUGAUUAAUUAAGCAUUAUACAAGAUUCAUUCUAAAACACAUAAGCUUUAAACUUAUGUUUUGUUUAAAAACUUAUUUGUUACCUUAUUUUGUGGCGAUUAUAAUAUCCUAUAAUUCAGAAUGAUUUUACUAAUCCAUGUCCCCUUAGUACAAACUAUAAGGAAAACCACUUUAGUCCUUCAUAUUUAGAUUUAUAAAAGUAAUUAAAAUGUAAUAACAUAAAUAAUAAUUAAAUAGAGUUAUAAUAUGGUAUAAUAAAUGUAAAUAAAGUUUAAAAAAAAAAAUCUAAACCCAACGCUUCUCCAUCAAUGUGUUCUCUCCGGUGCGUCUUGGUUCGCCUGCUAAUUCUACGUUGUCGUGCCAUCUUUCCUUCCUCUUUCUUCUUUCAUCUGUGGUAUUUUUCUAUUUCCUCCUCCCUUGUUUUUUCUAACCUUGUUUUUUAUGUACUCUAAGUGACCUUGUUUUCUCUGACAGCGUAAAUCGGCGUUGGCACAAGGUGGGCGAAGCUUUCAUCGCUGAUUAAGAACCAGUAGGUGUUCGAUUUUUAUCUCGUUUUUUUUUCUCCAAAAUUGAAGGUUAGGUUUUGAGAUUCCCCUUUUCAAUUAUGAUUUUUUUAAAAAGAUUUUGAUGAUGUGCAUGUAUUAGUAAAAUACUGAAUGGCUUAGAAACUCAAAUUGAUUCAAGUUUAUCGUUGGAACAGUCCUUUGAUUAUCUCUAUAAUUUUCAAUUUCAUAGUUCGUACUAGCAACUGCAGUUUUUGGUGCAUCGUGGACUGAUUGGACUUUUUAAUACUUAAUUAAAUUAGAUUUUUUAUUUAUAUAAUUUUGUAAUUAUUUUUAUUUUGUCAUAACAAGAAAUGGAUCAUAAAAUUUAAAUGUGAGAUUUUUAACAGUUUUAGUAAUUUAUAAUUAUUUUUAAAAAAUUCAAAAUAUAACAGAUACAGAAAAAUCUAAAUUUUAUCAUAUGGUUAGUGUGAUUUUUUAAUUUAUUUUAAUAAUUUAAAAUUAAAAAGUGUGAUAGAAGAUAUACUAUUUUUUUAUCAAAUUUUUAUUAUUUAAAAUCAUUAAUUAUUAUAUAUUUUAGCCACAUUAGGUAAUUCCGUAACUUUUAUUUAGGGCAAAUAAUACAGAACAUUAAUAAUAAAUUUAUAAUUAGUUUAAUAAAAAAUUUAUUAUAUAAUUAGGUGGACCAACUUAUUUUUCUAAUGGUUCUAAGAAUCAUCAUAAUGAUAACAUGUGGUUACAAAAAUAAGUUGUAAUA